CGCUCCCCGUGCCGCCGGUUCCAAGGAGUCCCCGGGAGCACGGACGGGCGCUGGAGCCGCUCCGCUCCCCGCCGCACCAGGGAGUGCGAGGAGCAGCUGCUGUGACACCCCCGACGUCCUGCGAGGCUCCCGCCGGGUGUGAGCGGCAUCAGCGGGGGAGCGCCGUGCCUGGGAGCUGGCGUGCUGCUGUGGGCAGAGCAUGAGUGUCUCAUGCCCGCCACCCGCCUUUCAGCUCUGUCACAGGGGGCGGCUGUGCUCCUGCCGCAUUCAGCAUUAGCAGAGCAGGCAUUCCUUCUGUGCACUGUGCAGUUAUUAAAAACAUGGUGCUCCAGUCGGUAAAGAACUGCCUUUGGCUGCCCUGCGUCCUCAGGACUCCAAAAGCUUGCUUCUGGAGCACAGCUGGUGGAGGCCUCAUUAUCCAGUCUGUUUCUAAUGAUGUUUACCAAAAUCUAGCUGUGGAAGAUUGGAUCCAUGACCACAUGGAUUUAGAGAAGCAACAGGUCCUUUUCCUUUGGAGAAAUUCCCCUGCCGUGGUAAUAGGCAGACAUCAGAAUCCCUGGCAGGAAUGCAACCUCAGGCUGUUGAGGCAAAAAAAUAUAAAACUAGCCAGGAGAAGAAGUGGAGGAGGAACAGUUUACCAUGACUUAGGCAAUAUCAAUUUGACUUUCUUUACAACCAGAAAAAAAUAUGAACGAAUGGAAAACCUGAAGCUUGUUGUGAAGGCUCUGAAAGCCUUGCGACCCCAGUUAGAUGUACAUGUCACUGACAGGUAUGACAUCUUGCUAGACAGGCAAUACAAAAUCUCAGGCACUGCUGCUAAGCUGGGAAGGACAAGUGCUUAUCACCACUGUACCUUACUCUGUAAUGCAGAUAAGUUUGUUUUAUCUUCUGUGCUAAAAAGUCCUUUUAAAGGGUUAAAGAGCAAUGCCACUCCUAGUGUGCCUGCCUUGGUGAAAAAUCUCUUAGAAGAGGAUCCUAGUUUAACUUCUGAGAUGCUCCUGGAUGCCAUUGCUAAAGAAUAUGCUAUGCAGCACCAGAUAGAUCACCAUAUCACCUUAAUAAAUCCAGCUGAUGAGAUUCUGCUUCCUGGAAUUAGUGACAAAACUAAAGAACUACAAACCUGGGAAUGGGUGUAUGGAAAGACACCAAAGUUCAGCAUCAGCACAUGUCUUAACAUGGUCUAUAAAGAUUCUGUUCUUGACGUUAAAGUAAAUAUGGAUGUAAAGCAUGGAAGGAUUGAAGUCUGUAACAUUGAUCUGCCAGAGCAGUGGCUGCCACCAGGACUGUACAGUGAACUGGUCAAGAGUCUUACUGGCAGUAAGUUUUGCCCAAACGAAAUCACUGCACUAGUGACAACAUUGCUAAGAGUGUGUCCACAGGAUGAUGAGUUGCACAGCAGGUGGAGUCUACUGUGUGAGAAUAUGAUAAGAUUAAUGUGACUUGCAUUUUGAAAAUGUAAGUUAAAUUUCUGCUGCUUUUUUAUUUAAUGUAUUGAAAACAAAACUAAAACAAUCACUAGUAAGAGAAAAAUUCAGCUUGUAGAAAACAAA